CCGUGCAAAGCACAGGGCAGCUCGCUUCCUCUCUGCUUCUAUUUACUCGCACGGUGCCUGCAGUUUGCUAUUUCUCUUUAUUCAGUGCAGGAGAGUGGGAGUGAGUGAGCGAGCGAGCAGGUGAGGCGCCACAAUGUUGGACCCGUCGUCUAGUGAGGAGGAAUCGGAGGAGAUAGUUGAGGAAGAGAGCAAGGAGGUGCAGACUCCGGCCCCGGGCAGUCGGUUGUCCCCGAGCAGGACCAGCGAGAGCAGCGGGGGUUUACAACCGAGCAGCCGGAGCAGCAGCAUCCGGCCGUCCAGCCCCAGCCCAUCGGUGGUGAGUGAGAAGGAGAAAGAGGAGCUCGAGAGGCUGCAGAAAGAAGAGGAAGAGAGAAAGAGAAAGCUUCAGUUGUAUGUCUUUGUGAUGAGAUGCAUCGCCUACCCAUUCAAUGCCAAGCAGCCUACAGACAUGGCGAGGAGGCAGCAAAAGAUAAAUAAGCAGCAACUGCAGACAGUAAAAGACCGCUUUCAGGCUUUCCUGAAUGGAGAAACACAGAUUGUGGCAGAUGAGGCCUUUAUCAAUGCUGUGCAAAGUUAUUUUGAGGUGUUUCUGAAGAGUGACCGUGUGUCCAGAAUGGUGCAAAGUGGUGGAUGCUCUGCCAAUGAUUCUCGAGAAGUAUUUAAGAAACAUAUUGAAAAGCGAGUUCGAAGUUUGCCAGAAAUUGAUGGCCUCAGCAAGGAGACAGUCCUGAGUUCCUGGAUGGCAAAGUUUGACGCGAUAUACCGUGGUGAAGAGGAUCCACGCAAGCAACAGGCCAAAAUGACAGCUAGUGCAGCUUCGGAGCUGAUCCUCAGCAAGGAGCAGCUGUAUGAAAUGUUCCAGCAAAUCCUCGGGAUCAAAAAAUUUGAGCACCAACUACUGUAUAAUGCUUGUCAGCUUGAUAAUCCAGACGAGCAGGCAGCUCAAAUCCGAAGGGAGCUGGAUGGGCGUCUUCAGAUGGCAGAUCAAAUAGCUAGGGAACGCAAAUUUCUAAAAUUUGUUUCAAAAGAAAUGGAGAACAUGUUUAUUGAGGAACUUAAGUCAUCUGUAAAUCUAUUGAUGGCAAAUCUGGAGAGUAUGCCUGUUUCGAAAGGAGGCUCAGAAUUCAAGCUUCAGAAGCUGAAACGCAGUCAUAAUACCUCCAUCAUUGACAUGGGGGAGGAAAAUGAAAACCAGCUGUCCAAAUCUGACGUUGUACUGUCUUUUACACUUGAGGUCGUAAUCAUGGAAGUGCAAGGGCUAAAGUCUUUAGCACCAAACCGCAUUGUGUAUUGUACAAUGGAAGUGGAGGGAGGAGAGAAACUACAAACUGAUCAGGCUGAAGCUUCUAAACCAACCUGGGGUACCCAAGGUGACUUCACCAGCACACACCCACUUCCUGCAGUAAAGGUGAAACUCUUCACAGAGAGCACUGGCGUAUUGGCUCUGGAGGACAAAGAACUUGGGCGGGUUGUGUUACAUCCUACACCUAAUAGUCCAAAAUCAGCUGAAUUGCAUAAAAUGAUUGUUUCAAAAAACAGCAUUGAUCAGGAUCUGAAAAUUAAAUUGGCUGUUCGAAUGGACAAACCACAGAAUAUGAAGCACUGUGGGUAUUUAUGGACCAUUGGUAAAAAUGUUUGGAAAAGAUGGAAAAAAAGAUUCUUUGUUCUUGUGCAGGUCAGCCAGUAUACAUUUGCAAUGUGCAGUUACCGGGAGAAAAAAGCUGAGCCUCAGGAACUGCUGCAACUGGACGGAUACACAGUGGAUUACACUGACCCACAGCCAGGUUUGGAGGGAGGCAGGGCAUUCUUUAAUGCAGUUAAAGAAGGAGACACUGUGAUCUUUGCCAGCGAUGACGAACAGGAUCGUAUCCUUUGGGUUCAGGCAAUGUACCGUGCGACUGGUCAAUCUCACAAACCCAUUCCUCCGACUCAAGUCCAAAAACUUAAUGCCAAAGGAGGAAAUGUGCCCCAGUUGGAUGCUCCCAUCUCACAGUUUUAUGCAGACAGAGCGCAGAAGCAUGGGAUGGAUGAAUUCAUCUCUGCAAAUCCUUGUAUGUUUGAUCAUGCUACACUGUUUGAAAUGCUACAAAGGCUGACUCUGGACCACAGACUAAAUGAUUCCUAUUCUUGUUUGGGCUGGUUUAGCCCUGGCCAGGUAUUCGUGCUGGAUGAAUAUUGUGCACGCUAUGGAACUAGAGGCUGUCACCGACAUCUCUGCUACCUCAAUGAUUUGCUUGAAAGGGCAGAAAAUGGAGCGAUGAUUGAUCCAACCCUGCUUCACUACAGCUUUGCCUUCUGUGCUUCACAUGUUCAUGGCAACAGGCCUGAUGGAAUAGGAACUGUAACAGUAGAAGAAAAAGAACGUUUCGAGGAGAUCAAGGAGAGACUGCGCAUACUACUUGAGAAUCAGAUCACUCACUUUAGGUAUUGCUUUCCUUUUGGGCGGCCUGAGGGUGCAUUAAAGGCUACAUUGUCUCUCCUGGAGAGGGUGCUCAUGAAGGAUAUAGUAACACCUGUUCCUCAAGAGGAAGUUAAAGUUGUCAUUCGGAAAUGUCUGGAGAAAGCUGCUCUAGUGAACUACACACGACUUUCUGAGUAUGCCAAAAUUGAAGAAAAUGUAGGACAGUUAGUUACUCCUGCCAAAAAACUGGAAGACACAAUCCGGCUUGCUGAACUGGUUAUUGAGGUGCUGCAGCAAAAUGAAGAGCACCAUGCGGAGGCCUUUGCUUGGUGGUCAGAUUUGAUGGUUGAACAUGCAGAGACCUUCUUGUCACUGUUUGCAGUCGACAUGGAUGCUGCUUUAGAAACACAGGCCCCGGACACCUGGGACAGCUUUCCAUUAUUUCAGCUGCUCAACGAUUUCCUGAGGAGUGAUUAUAAUCUGUUAAAUGGAAAAUUCCACAAACACCUUCAAGAUGUCUUCGCUCCUCUUGUGGUUAGAUAUGUCGACUUGAUGGAAUCAUCAAUCGCACAGUCGAUUCAUAGGGGCUUUGACCGGGAAUCAUGGGAACCUGUAAAGAGUUUAACAAGUAAUCUUCCCAAUGUGAACCUACCAAAUGUGAAUCUCCCCAAAGUACCAAAUCUACCAGUUAACCUCCCACAAAUGCCUAGUUUUUCUGCUUCGUCAUGGAUCGCCAAUAUAUAUGAUGCUGACAAUGGCUCAGGAACAUCAGAAGAUCUGUUCUGGAAGCUGGAUGCUCUGCAGACCUUCAUUAGAGAUCUGCAUUGGCCAGAGGAGGAGUUUGCAAAACACCUGGAGCAAAGACUAAAACUCAUGUCCAGUGAUAUGAUUGAGUCAUGUGUUAAAAGGACUAGGAUUGCAUUUGAAGCCAAGCUACAGAAGACAAGCAGGUCAACAGAUUUCCGUGUCCCACAGUCAAUAUGCACCAUGUUUAAUGUGAUGGUGGAUGCCAAGACACAGUCCACAAAGCUUUGCAGCAUGGAGGUGGGCCAGGAACGGCAAUAUCAUUCUAAAAUUGAUGAGUUAAUUGAAGAAACUGUCAAAGAAAUGAUAACUCUCAUGGUUGCAAAGUUUGUCACUAUUUUGGAAGGAGUACUGUCCAAACUAUCCAGAUACGAUGAAGGGACUCUCUUCUCAUCCUUUCUGUCAUUCACUGUGAAAGCAGCUUCCAAGUAUGUGGAUGUUCCUAAACCUGGAAUGGAUUUGGCAGAUGCCUACGUGACCUUUGUGCGCCAAAGUCAGGAUAUCCUGCGUGACAAGGUCAAUGAGGAGAUGUAUAUAGAAAGGUUAUUUGAUCAAUGGUACACAAGUUCCAUGAAUGUGAUCUGCACCUGGCUAACAGAUCGUAUGGAUCUACAGCUUCACAUCUACCAGCUAAAAAUCCUCAUCAGACUUGUCAAGAAAGCUUAUCGAGACUUUCGGCUGCAAGGAGUACUGGAUUCAACCUUGAACAGUAAGACCUAUGAGACAAUUCGUAACAGACUGACUGUAGAAGAAGCAACAGCAUCGGUUUCUGAAGGUGGUGGUCUUCAAGGGAUUACAAUGAAAGACAGUGAUGAAGAAGAUGAGGAGGAAGAUUAGAUCACAGUUAGAGUUAGAAGCUGAAUUUUGACAUAGCCUGGUAACAAAUGCAUGUACCACUCUGUUGUUCAGUUAGCCACAAUAGGAUCUUGUUUUUCAACUCCAUGUAAUUGAAAUGAGGGAACUGUUAUCAGUCAGAUUGAAACUUCAGCUGUGUGAAAAUUUAGCACUUAUUUAAACCAUUUAUUUCUAAAUUAAUUUCUAUAUGUUCACAAGCAAUAUGGAGUAACCAUUGUUUGAUAAUGUUAAGUGAGAUAUGUAGGAAUAUUGCUAGGUGUGUCCCUGUUAAAUGCGGAACCUAUUUGGCGCUUCAUCAAUGUAAUGUAUAUAUAUAUACACUUGACAGUAAAAUAUUGUGGAGAUGAGUGAGUUAGAUAAUUUAUUUCUUUAAUGGCUGCCAACUGCUUAAAAAGAAAAUGUCCUUGUAUUAGUGUGGUAUAUAAGUUCUAUUAAUAAUCCUAAUUUAUCUUUUUUGACAAUCUUUUCAUUCUUGUGUAUUUCCUUGUUAAAUUCCUCCUUGGAUGCAAUUCUAUGUAUGCAAACGAGGCAUGCAGAAGAAGUUGUUGCAAGUUUUAUUUUGUUAAGAUAAUUUCUGAAUUGGAUCUAUCCUUUUGAGAUGUUAUGGGAUGGUACAUUUAUGCCCAAAUUAAAAACACCCAUUUUUAUUUAUAAGAGGAAAUAUUACAUGAAGUAUAUUGGAUAAUCCUAAUGAAUUAUGUCCAAAAAUCAAAAAUGUACUCAAUAAAAAAGACAGCUGAACAAAUUUUAAGCCACAGUGAAAGUUAAAUUUAAAUGCUCUCUCCUGAGCAACUUUAUUUUCAAAUGCUUCAUUUAAGUACUGUGAGAUAUCUUCGUGUUGUUUGUCCAUUACUUUCAGCAAUCUUUGUUUCACAGUUGGUUUCUUGUAUAUAUGAUGCUGUAUAAUGCAUGACAAAGGGAUUUCCUUUUUCUCCAAAAGCUAUUAGUUUCUGUGUGGAGUAGCUGGUGGUGGAACAAACCAUCUCGCUUUGGCCUUAUAAAAGCCCACAGCUGUAACAUGGAAAACUAUGGAUUCUUAGUAAAUUAAUUGUACA